CUCCUCCGUCGGUCCCACCGAGCUCCGUGGAGGCGGAUUCCAUUCAGACCCAGCGCUGGACGCCAGUUAAGACCUCCCUGCUCCCCGUCACCGGUACCAUGCAGUCGGCGGUGGAGGCAGAAGUCGAAAAUGAGGACGGCGACAGCAGCUGCGGGGAUGUGUGCUUCAUGGACAAAGGCUUGCAGAGCAUAUCAGAGUUAUCUUUAGUGUCAACCCUUCAUGCCAUCAAUCUGCACUGCAAUAACAUCUCUAAGAUAACAGCCAUUGAUCAUAUCUGGAAUUUGCGACAUUUGGAUCUGUCAUCUAAUCAAAUAAGUCAAAUUGAAGGGCUAAACACACUGACAAAACUGUGUACUUUAAACUUGUCCUGCAAUUUGAUCACAAGAAUAGAAGGACUUGAAGCACUAAUUAAUCUCACUAGACUGAAUUUGUCUUAUAACCACAUAAAUGAUCUUACUGGAUUGAUGCCCCUUCAUGGACUAAAGUAUAAACUUAGGUAUAUUGAUCUGCACAGUAACUGCAUAGAUAGCAUCCAUCACUUACUUCAGUGUAUGGUAGGAUUGCACUUCUUGACUAAUCUUAUUUUAGAGAAGGAUGGAGAAGGUAAUCCUGUCUGUGACACACCAGGGUACAGAGAAAUUAUUCUUCAAACAUUGCCGCAGCUCAGAAUAUUAGAUUGCAAAAAUAUAUUCGGUGAACCAGUAAAUUUGUCAGAAAUGAAUACAUCACACCUACAGUGCUUAGAAGGUCUUUUGGAUAACUUAGUUUCUUCUGACUCACCCCAAAAUAUAAGUGAAGAUGAGAUCAUUGAUAGUAUACCAGUUGUAUCAUCACCCCCUGCUGUGUUGCCUCCCAUGGAGCAGUUUGGAAGUACACCAACAGAAACAGUUAUGACAUCAUUUUUAUCUGUGUGUCCAUCUGAGCCAGAGAAAAUUAACCAGGAAAAUGAUUUUCAGAAUGAGAUGAAACUUCAGAAAUUAGAUGACCAAAUUUUACAGCUUCUCAAUGAGACUUCUAAUUGUUUAAUAGAUGGUGUUCCUGAAAAAGAUCUUGAACCAAAAAGAGACACAGAUAUAACUUCUGAAAGUGAUUAUGGAAACAGAAAAGAAUGUAAUAAAAAAGUUGCUAGAAGAUCAAGAAACCCAUACUAUGGGAGAACUAUUCAAACUAUUAAGCAUCAUGGUAGAAACAAUAGCCCAUUUAUAAGUGGUAAUCGUAAAAUGAAACAACCUUACUUCAAAGACUUAUAUGUAAGAUCAUCUUUAGCAAAGUGUAAUGAAUUACAAGAAUUAGAAGAACAGAAGACUGACAUAAUUAAAGUACAAAAGAGUUUCUCCGAGGACAACACAUACCGGUCCCUUAUUGAACAACUAGACGAAGAGAGAGAGAUGAGAUGGAAAGCUGAGCAAGCUGAAAAGCAGCUUAUGGAGUAUAUUGAUGAACUACACAAACAAGCAAGUGUAAAAACAGAUGUUCAUAGCCUGGCUCUGCUUACCACAGAUAGGAUCAAUACUUGGUGUAUGAGUGAUACAAAGUUUUGUUGCAGACUAAAGGACAUUAUUUUGAGAGAGAGACAUUCCAAGUCGCAACUUGAAAUUAUGGUCCACAAACUUCAGAAUGAAAUUAAAAAACUAACUAUUGAACUAAUGAAAGCAAGAGACCAACAAGAGGAUCACAUUAAACACUUAAGAACUCUAGAAAGAGCAUUAGAAAAAAUGGAAAGGCAAAAAGGUCAACAGCAGACAGCACAGAUGAGACUUAUCCAAGAGGUGGAACUCAAAGCUUCAGCUGCUGAUAGAGAAAUAAACUUACUUCGAACUUCACUUCACCAAGAAAAAGAACAAGUACAACAACUUCAUCAACUUCUGGCAUUGAAACAACAGGAACAUAGAAAGGAACUUGAAACAAGGGAUUUUUUGAAUGAUACAGAAUUCCAGGAUGCUUUAGCUAAGGAGCUAGCAAAACAAGAAAGAAAGCAUGAGAAAGAAAGAAAAGAAUACCAAGAAAAAAUUGAUAUAUUAAACCAACAGUACUUGGAUUUAGAAAAUGAAUUUCGUAUUGCUUUAACUGUUGAAGCUCGAAGAUUCAGAGAUGUUAAAGAUGGUUUUCAGAAUGUGGCAACAGAGUUAGCCAAGAGUAAACAUGCCCUUAUUUGGGCCCAACGAAAAGAAAAUGAAUCCUCUUCUUUAAUAAAAGAUCUGACCUGCAUGGUGAAAGAACAAAAAUCAAAACUUGCAGAAGUUUCCAAAUUGAAGCAGGAAACAGCAGCAAAUUUACAGAAUCAAAUCAACACUCUUGGAAUUUUGAUUGAAGAUGACAAGCAGAAGAGUAUUCAAAUAGAACUUCUCAAGCAUGAGAAAGUCCAGCUUAUUUCUGAGCUAGCAGCAAAGGAAUCACUGAUUUACGGUUUAAGAACAGAAAGAAAAGUAUGGGGGCAUGAAUUGGCAAAACAGGGGUCAUCUUUAUCCCAAACUCGUGGACAGUUAGAGGCCCAAAUUGAAAGUUUAUGUAGAGAGAAUGAAUCUCUGAGAAAGACAAACGAAAAUGAUAGUGAUGCAUUAAAAAUAAAAAAUAAAAUCAUGGAAGACCAGACAGAGACAAUUAGAAAAUUAAAAGACUGCUUACAAGAAAAAGAUGAACAAAUCAAACUUUUACAAGAAAAGAUCACUGAAAUAGAAAAAUGUACUCAAGAACAACUUGAAGAAAAAUCUUCAGAACUGGAUAAUGUAAUUGAGAAAUUGGAAAGACACAAUGAAAGAAAAGACAAACUAAAACAGCAGUUGAAAGCAAAGGAAAUAGAACUUGAAGAAAUUAGAAAAGCUUACAGUACACUUAAUCAGAAAUGGCAUGAUAAAGGAGAACUUCUAGCUCAUCUUGAAACACAAGUAAAAGAAGUGAAAGAAAAUUUUGAAAACAAGGAAAGACAACUUAAAGCAGAAAGAGACAAAAGCAUUGAACUACAAAAAAAUGCAGUGGAAAAGCUUCAUAGUAUGGAUGAUGCCUUUAAAAAGCAAGUUGAUGCAAUUGUUGAAGCCCAUCAGGCUGAAAUAUCACAACUAUCAUCUGAAAAGCAAAAAUGUAUUGAUUCUGCAAAUUUAAAGGUUUAUCGAGUUGAAGAAGAAAUGCGUGAACUUCUGGAAGAAACAUGCAAGAACAAAAAAGCAAUGGAAGAAAAAAUAAAGCAACUUGCUUGUGCUCUAAAAGAAAUUCAGCAAGAAAUGUGAUGGCUUUCAUAACAAAUAUAAUUGAAAUGGACCGGCAGACCUAUUGUAAAAAUGAUUAAAUAUUGUAAAAGUAGUACUGCUACGACUUUGAAAUGUCUCUUUCUACACAUUUCAUCAUGAAUAAUUUUAAGAGACUUUUGAUCGAUUAUUAAUUGUAUAUAUAGGCUUUAUAAUAAAUUUUUAUAAUUAUGUGUACUAGAAAAACCUAUCAUAAUAACUAGACUUAAAACACUUUUUCUUGUUUCUGUGCAUACACUGUUUGGUAAUUACAAAUAAGAUAUAGCUAUAAAGUUCACAAAGAUAAAUUAUGUGACACUC